AUGAUGCAUAUUAAUACUUCCUCCAAAGUCGCUUCGUUUUUCCAUGGAAAGUCGAGGUAUUUUAUACGGAUAUUAUGGGUGGUCGCUGCGGUUGCAAGCACGUGUAAGUUCUUGAACUUAUUUUGAAAUUUUUCGAUGCUGAUUGCGAUGCUUUACACCUAUUUAAAUGGGCUGAUUUUCGCCUAGUUAUCUUCCCCUAGGCCGCAAACUCAAAAUUAGUGCUUGCACACAACCAAUGAAUUGUUCUAAAUUUUAUGUUUUUAGGCAUUCUGUUCCGAGCCAGUCUACCUCCUCUUCACCCACCGAAUAUCACUGCUCUCUUGCCGUCUUCGGAAACAAUUCCUCGGAAAAACAUGACAGAGCUUCUUGAUGUCAACGAUAUCCCACCUUCCGAAGGACGUAAAGUGCCGGUUGUUGCAAAAUUCAAGGACCAAAGUGUAUCGUACUCACUGAUCGCACCACUAGAAGAAGAAUUCUGCCGGCACACCAACGUCUUGAUAUUGGUUAUCUCCAGACCCGAUGGAUUUAGGAACCGAAAAGCCAUGAGAGACAGUUGGAUUUAUUACGAGGUAAAUACCAUUUUUUUUUCAUUUUUUUUGAUGAUUUUUGUAAUUUUUAGGAUAAUCCUAAAAAUGUUACGGUCAAAUUCCUAAUUGGAAGGACAAAUAAUACAAAAGUAAACUUGGGAUUGGAGGAGGAAACACAAAGCUUUAUGGACAUUGUUAGAUACGAUUAUACGGAUAAGUAAGCAGCUUUUUGUUGAUUCGUUAGAGCGCAUUGAAACUAAGAAAAAAUCGAGAUUGGAGUUUUAUAAAACAUGCACAAGAUCUUCAGCUAGAGCUUUCGGAAAAAAAAGAAGCUUCAAAAUUGAAAAAUUGGGAUUUUUUAGGCUUCAUUUUUGCGUAGAACGACUUCUCCUUGACGAAAUGUUUUAUAACAAUCAAAUUUAUAAAGGCUCUAAAAUCCGAUUUUAGGCCAAAAUAAACCUCUCUGCAACAAAGCCUUUUCGUAACAUUUUAACAUUUUCUUGGCCCUUUGCAGUUUGCUGUGCAAUAGUUUUGACCGUAUGUUUCUGCAAAGAACACCUCCAAAAAUUUAACCGUUGCCGCCUAACAUUAAAUUUUUUAAUUCCAAAGGUCCCUUACAACUUCACUUUUCCCCUUUCCAGAUACGAACUCCUUCCCCUAAAAGUUCACGCCGCUUUUGCUUUCAAAGAAGAGUUCUGCCCGUCGGCUAAAUAUUUUAUGAAAACGGACGAUGAUACAGUGGUGGAUUUGAACCGAAUGAAUCAUUUUAUUGAGACAAAUUACAAUGAAAAAUACCUGAAAACCCCGAAGAUGUUUUUGUGCUCCGUUUAUAGUGGGAUGAAGCCCCAUCGAGAUAAGGGGAGUAAAUAGUAAGAUUUUUGGUUUUUGCUGACAAUUUUUUAUUUUUUGAAUGAUUUUUUUUUAAAUUUUGCUCUGUUUUUUGACUGCACCGUGCAAAAAAUACAAAAAAUCUUGUUUUCUCAGCAAAAAGUUGCUGAUUUAUCGCCAUGUUUCAGUUACGUUCCCCCUUCAUUAUACGAACCAGAAGAUUAUCCUUCCUUUUGCCAGGGGUGCACUUAUAUGGCUUCUAGCGACGGGAUUCGUGCGGUUUUGGAGAAGACUGCAGAAACAAAUUUCCUUUAUUUGGAAGACGUUUUAUUUACCGGAAUUGUGGCGGAGAGUGCGAAUGUAACCAGAUAUGACACCCUCAAUUACGGGCAUUAUGUAAGGAUUUAUGCGUAUCAUGUAAGGGAAUUAUGGAACAUUUGAAAUUGCCUUACUAACAAUAAAAUUGUUUUUGGUUUACUUACUUUUUUCUGUUUUUUAUUUAUUUUUUACUGUUUUAGGUUUGUCUUCAAGGAGAUACCGCAAGUGCGACACUCAGUUUUUUUGUAAAUUUUCCACACAUUUUGGGCAUGGGUCAUUAA